UGCAAGCGUAGUUCGAACACAGUAAGUUGAAUGUAAGAAUGGCAGCACAACUAUUAAAUGUAACAAAAACUCUGCAAAAAUUAACUCUAAAUCCGAACUGCCGGUCUGCCCCGGCCUUACUUAAAAAUGUGAACGAAAAAUCUGAAGUUCUACUGGGAAAUCAUGUACGACAUACGAGCUUUUUCACCAAACUGCCUGCCGACCAACUUUGGAAAGGUAUAACGUCUGUCAGUAAUGCUGGUAAGAAAAGAGGUCGUGGCAAAACAGUUUCAAAGAAAAAUAUCAAGGAUUUGAACAAGGGACAAGUAAUUGGUGUUGGUAAAGCGAAUAUUGUGUGGCCUGGUUUGUCAGCACCUAUUAUUAGGGGAAAAGAAUUAGUUACCCAGCAUCAACUGCCAGAGGAUCCUGAACGAGAGAAAAAAUUAAAUGAAAUCAGAAAUAAAAUGGGCACAUUCAAAUUUGCAAAACUCAGUCCAAUUGAAAGAGGUUGGUCAGGUAGUAAAAUGCCUGGUAGAAGUAUUGGACCUCCAGAUCCAAUUGGAGAAGACACAUUUGAUGGAUUUGACACUAAGGUAUUAGAAUUAAAAACAGUUUUCAACAUGAAAGGUAAUUUUGGCAGAACUAGACGUUUAUCUGUAACCACUGUCACUGGAAAUGCCAAUGGUUUAGCUGGGUUUUCAAUGGGUAAAGGAUUAGAAGCAAAAACUGCCUUGAGGAAAUCCAAAAAUAGAGCAGCCCAAAAACUGAUGCACAUAAAAAUUUUCAACAAUCACACAGUUUACCAUGAUUUCUUUACACAAUUUGGCAAAACAAAAAUUUUCGUCUAUCAAAAGCCUGAAGGUUAUGGAUUAGUUUGUCACAGAGCAAUAAAGACAAUUUGUGAGGUUGUUGGCAUUAAAAAUCUGUAUGCUAAAGUGGAGGGUUCAACAAAUGUAAAUCAUAUAAUCAAAGCAUUCUUUUUGGGAUUAAUUAAACAGAAAACACAUCAAGAGAUUGCAGAGGAAAAAGGUCUGCAUUUAGUGCAACUCUGCAAAGAAAAUCAAUAUUUUCCUAACGUAAUUGCUUCUCCUGCUGAGGCCAAAAAAGAAGAAGACCUUGACAAAAAGGAGGUUUUGGACUAUCACCAAUAUUGCUUUAAUGGAGUUGUUCUCAAGAAGAAAAAACAACCACCAUUCUACACCAAACUUCCAUCAUACAAUAUAUACUUAAAGAAACAAGAGAAUUUAAGAAAUCAAGAUGAAGUCAAGAAAAAUCUCAUAGCAGAGUAUGGAGAAAUUCGAAGUUUCUUGACUGAUCAAUAUCCAGAGUGUGUACAAUUCAGAAGACCUAAGAAGGAAGAAGCUGUUGAAGAAAAUUAAAUUUUUUACUAUUUUUUUUACAUUUCCUGACACUUUGGGUACCAGACAACUAAAGAACCCUAAAGAUCCAUUGUAUUAAUAAACUUCUUUAUUUAAGGUAUAAAAGAAAACACAUUGCUUUUUAUAACUUUGAUUAGAGGAGUUUUUUAAUAGAAUAGAACAUUAGGGUUCUUUAAGUGUCUAAUACCUAGAUUGAAAGGGAAUAGUUUUUUAAGUACUAUUAAGUACUAUUAUACAAAUGUUUAAUUUCAGUUUAAUUAUAUCUCGCAUCAUUUUUCUUUUUACAAUUGUAAAUAAAUUAAAAUAUCUUUGAAUCUAGUCUGAUUAUGUUACACUCUUAUGACAUCUGUUAAUUAGAAAAAUGUUCCUAAAUAAACUGAUUUUUAAC